AUGUCACCUCCAACAAACAGCUAUGCGUUGCACCGCAACUACCACUCCUCAGCUCGGUUAAACGCCCAGAACCACCUCUGGAAGGAUGCGCUGGGCUACAGCCUGCAUCCGUGCAUCGGAUUGACCGGCGACUCGGCCCCGCGCAUCGCCGACAUCGGCACGGGCACGGGCAUCUGGAUGAUGGACGUGAAGCGCGAGUAUCCCGCCGCGCAGAUCGACGGCUUCGACAUCUCCUUCGCCCAAUGUCCGCCGCCGGAAUGGCUGCCGGAUGGCGUGCGGCUGCGCGAGCUGGACCUCUAUGAGCCGCUGCCCGCCGAGCUGGAGGGGAUCUACGACGUCGUGCAUCUGCGGCUGUUUUUUGUGGUGAUCCGCAACGAUGACCCGGGUCCAGUGCUGCGGAAUAUGCUACGCAUGCUGAAGCCCGGUGGGUGGCUGCAAUGGUCGGAACACAACUACGAGUCGUGGUCGGUGCAGUCGGUGGGCGGCCGGGAGACCCCCGCCUUGGACGAGAUGAUGAACCUGAUGAAACAAACGGGUUUGGGACGCUGGGUGCCCGGCCUUCCCGAUCUCUUCGCGCAACAUGGGAUGGUGGAUGUGCGCAAGGCACUGCAUCCGUGCAGCCCGCACAGCCGCGUCUAUUGGAGCCAGCUCCAGUUCAACUCCAACGAGGAAUACAGCUAUCUGGCCAUGGAUAACAGUACAGCGGAUGCGGCCGGGCCGCGUCUGCGCACCCUUAUCGGACAGGCUGCCGACGAGUGUCGCCAGGGGGCGGGUUUCGACUUUACCAUUGAGGUGGCGUUGGGCCGGAAGUCCGUGGGGGAAAGGCAGUUAAUAUAA